GAGAGAGAGAGAGAGAGAGAGAGAUUGGGAGUGAGGCACUGUGUUUGCCUUGCAUAACAUACUCCGUAUCUCUUGUACGCAAGGGCUUCAAGUGAGACAGCCCAGACAAGGGGACUUCCUUUAUGCUUACUCCUCCAGGGCCACUGCAGAAGGGAGGAGAGGGGAAGCAGAGGCAAGAGGAGAGGAAGGAGAGCAAGGGGACAUGGAGGUGAAUAUAUGACGAGAGGAUUGUGGAUCUGACUUUGUAUCUGUGUUAAAGGCGGAUAAAGGAUGGAUGGUGAGGAAUAGGUUUAUUUGCACUUGUAUGCUACACCGUGCAAGGCGGGAGAGAGAGAGAGAGCGAGAGCGAGUCAGAGUGAGGGAGCUGUUUUCUCCACUAUCCAGAGGUACAGCAAGGUACAGCAGUAUGGGAGACAAUUCCAGACGAUUCCACAUGAGGACUUCAGUAACAGCAAGAAGCACCAGUGACUAAUUUGAGUUGCACCAUAACACAAGAUAUAAAAAGACAACACUUUUUAGAAUAAUGGGCUUUCUGUCAGAGAAUACCAACUAAAAAACAAGCCCAAACCGAUCCAGUGUAGUGGCACAUAGGAAUCAAAGAGUGAAAGAAAAUGAAGUCCAACCAGGAGCGUAGUAAUGAGUGCCUGCCUCCAAAGAAGAGAGAGAUCCUUGCACUUGAGGAGCGGCAAGUGCUGGUAGCAUCAACUGUGAAUGAGAGCCAAAGUGGUGAGAACCUGGCAUGGCUUGCUAGUGUAGCCAGCAUGGCUAACAUGGCCACUGUUCCCAAUCUAGUUCCAUCACAUAGCAACAGUACUGAAGUUAGCAGCCCAUCACCAUCAACCAAAGCUCUCACUAUAGUGACAGAGUAUCCAUUUUCCACCUCUACCUCCAAUAGCGCUUUGUCAUCAUAUACAAGCUCAACACCUGCAGGAGGUCUCUCUGGAACCACAAUAACAGCCAACCCGGCUGUCCUCUCCUCCAACCUUUCUCAAGCAGCAGGAUCCAUCCAGCCCACCCAGCUGCCACAUAAUUUACAAAUCAUUGGACCCUACACCAGUUAUUUCUCCUCCCAGAUAGUGCCAGCUGCAGCAAGUCCGACCCAGUCACGUAGACCCACCCAGGAGGUUUAUGCUACCACAGCUGUCAUUCCACAAGCUUCUAACGGAAACCCACAGAAGCAGCAUGUGAUUUCAUCCCUACCUAGUGUAGCUCACACUACCAGCCAGUGCAUUCAGGUAGAGGGCACCCCAGUUGGCUUGCCAGUCAUUUCCCCACCUUCACAAGUACCCCUUCAGCUUCACACUCAUUCAACAGUUCUUGCCCCUCAUGGCUUGACCCUUGCUCCAUCACAUGGGGUUCUUGUGCAUUAUACUGAUGGACUCAUCACAAAACAACCUGAACCCCAAAGCAGAGAUCUGCAAAAUGGUGCUCUGGGAGAGGUCACAGUGGUCAAACACACCACCAGCAUUGUGAAGGGAAUUUCUAACAAACCAGAAAGUGAUGAUGGCCAAAGGCAGAUUCAGAACCUGGCUCUCCCAGCCCAAACUCAAGUCUUGCUCCCUGCUGACUAUGCUGCUCAUGAUAGUGCAGGACUUCAGACAUCAGUUAUGCUGGUAUCAAGCAACCACCUGAUGGCCAAUAAUAGCACGGAGCUUCAGAGUACCCCGGAUAAAGAGCACACAUCUCUGGCCCGAGUUGAUCGAACAAGACUUUCAUUGGGGAAGCCAGUCUCUAGAGUUUCCUCCAUUUCUCUCCCAUCAUCAGACAGCAUGACAGCAUCUCUUGCUCCAUCUCUCCCCCCUCACACUCUCCUGCAUACAUCUCCAUCCGCCCCUACACAGGAGCUUUCUACAAAUCUUUUCUCAAGCACACAGCUGCCUAUUAUUGGAUACAUUACUAGUACAUCUGGGGCACCCCAGCAGGCUGUAGCCAGUUACCAUAGCAACCUUCCACAGCAUUUAGUGAUCUCAGGCAGUCCCUCCCUCCUCAUUCCUGUGAGCGCUAGUAACGUCAACACGUCUACUGAGUCAGAGGUUACUCGUUGCUUCAUCCCCAGCAUUUCUGCUACCAACGUACCGACAGGUGCCACAGGUCUGCCUCAGGCCUACAUCACUGCAGCAACACCUACUGUUACAACCUCCAUCUUACCAAAUGGCAAAGAGGUCACAGGGCCUGAGGAACAUCAUGCUGCUGCUGGUGUACAAAAUUCUACACAGGUGCAACUUCCUGUGCUUUCAGCAGGAGUAGUAGCACCUCCAGCUCCUGUGCUCCCUCCAACACCCGCAAGCCCACAGAAUGCACCCCUAACUCAGUCAUCAGCCCUGCCACCAUACUUCAUGAAGGGCUCUAUCAUCCAGCUGGCAGAUGGAGAGCUUAAGCGGGUGGAAGACCUAAGGACAGAGGACUUCCUACAAAGUGCAGAAGUGAGCACAGAACUAAAAAUUGACUCAAGCACAGUUGAACGGAUAGACUCAAGCAGAACACCUGAUGCAGUUAUCAUACAGUUCUCAGUCGGUGAACACAAAGCACAGGUAUGUGUGGAAGUUCUGGUAGAGUACCCUUUCUUCGUGUUUGGUCAGGGAUGGUCAUCCUGCUGCCCAGACCGCACUACCCAGUUACUGGCUCUGUCAUGUGCCAAAUUAUCUGUUGGUGAUGUCUGCAUCUCCCUCACCUUGAAGAGUCUGAGGAAUGGUGCAUUACAAAAAGACCAAACGUUUGGUCCUGUGAAGAAUCUUAAUAACGUUCAUCAUAAAUCAGCCAAGACCAGUGGACAGACUGGAGAGCCACAAACUCUGAGGGAAGACCAGAGAGAUCAGAACAUUUUUGGAUUAGAAGGGGAACAAAAGAUUGAUGGUCUUAAUCUUAAGAGUACUAACUCUGGUAACAGUGCGAUCAUCUCAAAAAAUGGAGAGGGGAAGGUUCAUGGUGCAGGGAGUCGCAAGAGAAGGUGGUCCGCCCCAGAGAAAGGAGAGGUAGGGAAGUCACAGGAGAAUGACCACCCUGGAACUCUGCCUCAACCUUUCUUCCUUUCACAGGAGUUAAAGGUCAGCAUUGAGGGAAGGUCUAGCAUGGGCACCUGAGGUAUCGUGUUAGCCACCAAAACCGAGGAGGCUUUGAUAUUAUAAGCAAAGAAUCUUCUAUACCAAGGAUUAUUGUGGUUUAUUCAGUAACUUGAGGCGUUGGCUGGUGACAGCUGUUCCAAACUAUGUAAGUUCUUCACUGGGCAAAAUAUGCAGACGUACAAGAAUAACAGGAUUAUUAUGGUUUCCUUCUCAUGUCUUAUUUUAGUUACUGUAACAGGAGCUACUUUUGCCUCACAGUAUUUACAGGAUAUGUUUUUCUAAUAAAAUAAACAAAUAAUUUUUGGUGUUUGUCAUGGGGCAUACACAUGAAUAUGUGGGGUACUUAUUUUUGUAGUUAAAUCUGCCAUUUUCUGUUUUUGACACUUUGUUCUAUGUUCAUGUAAAUUGUAGCAUAAUUGUAUGUCAGUCAUAAUCAAUGAGUCAAACACUUAUAGACCAGUAGGCUGGAGAGAUUGGUAAAUAGUGUGACCUGCUGUGACAGAUUUUCCCCAGAAAUAUUAUUUAAAGGUAUGUUGCUAAGAUCUGCUUUAUACUUUAUUAAGAUAAUCUAUAUCGGUUAUGAUAAAUAUUGCUAAUAUAAUUAGCGUGAAAAACAACUACCAUAAAAAAAUAGAUAUAAAACUGUCAAUUAACAAUGACCAUUCUGUCUGUUCCUGAUUGAGCAGGAUUGAAUAGGAGUCCUAGGUGUGAUAUUACGAUGAGUGAAUUUUGUUAACCAAAUGUGGUCCGAUUAUUGGGGACAAAACUGGACUUUAACACUGAAUGUUAAGGAUUAUACAUAUUUUUUACCAAUAUUUUAAUGAAAUACACCAGAAUUUAAUUAGUCUAAAUGUUCUAGAUAUGCAAUAUUAUGAUUAUUUACAUACCUCAAACAUGACACAAGGCUGUUUCAGGUUCUGUUCAGAAUCUGGGCUCUUUAAAACCACGUCCAAAAUCCAUGUUCAUGUUCAUACGUUGGAUAUGUGCAGGUGAAUUCUCACUCAGCCUUUGAAUAUUAGCACUUUACUGAAGGCAAUGGAUGAUUAAAACGCUCACCUCUGCUUUGUUGCCUAGGCAACAGCCAUUUGCACAACGUCGAUUUUAGAAUAAUGUUAGCUGUCCUGUGUGUUUUAAUCCCAUUUAAAACAAAUUACAACCCAUCACGCUGAUGUUUUUUUGUUGUUUUUUUUUUAAAUCCGUUUGAAAUUGAGUUGGGGUCCGUAAAAGCAUUGCGUUAUUAAAGUUCUAGUGGGGUUGGAAUUUAAGCAACUGGAUUUCUGUGUACAAAAUUACACACAAUUGUGUAAUAUAUUGUGUAUAUACAAUAUAUUCUGUUUAGGAAUACAUUGAUAACACUUAACAAUAUAUUCCAUUUCCAUUGGGGUAAUGACUCUCUCUAGGGAUCCUGUUUAACACCUUACUGUAACACUUUACAAUAACAGUCCAUAAAUAAUCCUACACUAAUAAGUGAACUAAUAUUUACAUGAACAUGAACUAAUGAUGAGUUAAAGCCAGGUACUAAUCCCAUACUAUGGAAGAGUUAACCUUAACUACGUAUGACGUGAGUCUGAAUGAGCGUGUUUCAUUUACUUUACCUUUAUAUCAUAAUUGAUACACUAACUAACAGACGAUUCUUAAGGUUGUUGUCAUUCACACAUUUCAUAAGACUGUUAAGUCGUAGUUAAGGUUAGUUCUUUGUAGUGUGUGAUUAGUACCUGGCUUUAACUCAUCCUUAGUUUAAGUUUAAGUAUUAAUUCAGGUAUUAGUGCAUGAACAUCCCACUUGACUAUAAUGUCCACAAAUAAGCACAAUGUUAUUAUGUGUAUUAAUGCUUUCCUAAUAAUUUGUUAAUUCAUGCACUAAAUCAUUAGCUCAAGUUUUUACAUUAUAACAGCCACAUAUUGUUCAUAAAUGAACAAAUUUUAAUUAUGGUAUUAGUCAGAUGUUUACAUAUUGUCAGUUAGUUAUUGUCAUGCCUUAUCCUGCAGAAUUAGAUAUGAUUAUUUACAGACUGAAGGGUGUGUGUGUGUGUGUGUGUGUGUGUGUGUGUGUGUGUGUGUGAGUGUGAGUGUGUGCGUGUGUGUGUGAGUGUGUGCGUGUGUGUGUGAGUGUGUGUGUGUGUGUGUGUGUGUGUGAGUGUGUGUGUGUAACUUUGAAGAUUAUCCCAAAUUAUAGACUACCAUGUAAGUUUAAGACCCAAUUUUGUUCUCCAGCACCUGUAAUUCAUGAGUAAAACUUUUUUUUGCAUUGUUUAUUGCAAAAGUUGUCACAAAAGUGUAUUAUUUUUCUAUAUAACCUCUGCAACAGCUGUACUGCAACUCUGUACUGCAACAGCUAUGUAGAUUCCUUUAAGGAAAAAUCUUACUGUUUUCUAGAUUUACCCUCAUACAUAUCGUCAUCAUUGUCCGCUGUGGUAUAAAGCAAACAGUUUUAUCCUGCAUCAUGUCAAUAAAGUGACUUGAAUUUGUUUUUGUAAGCUGCAAAAGGUCCAAAGUUUAUCUCAAAUUAUCUGAAAUUUCGGUUAACACACAUUGUGUACAAAAUGAUUAAUAAUAUCUUUAAUAUCUUUAUUCUUAAUAUCAAAGUCAUCUUUAUUAAUGCUAUAAUUCAUGGUUUUGAUCAUAACAGUAAGUUAACAGGAUUUUAACACUUAACUAUUAGGAUUAUUAACAGCUGGAUAUACAGUAUAUGACUCAGAGUCUAAUGUAUACGAUUUGUGCAUGUAUUCAUUCUUCACUUUAUUAUAAACAAAAGCAUUACAUUAUUUUUUGUGGAUCUUAUAGUAGAGUGUUUGUGGCUAUUGUACUGUUUGGGGCUCUUUUACUGGUUUAAAUAGCCCAAUAUCACCUACAGGAAGUGUAAGAGUUCAGAGAAAAGGUCACUGAGAGGUCAUCAGCUUGAGUGUGAUGUGUGUAAUUUAGAUGAAAUAAUAAAACUUGUGUUUUUUCUUAUAUAGUGUACUGUGUAGUGGGUCAACCACAUAGUUACCAAAAGGAUUGAUGUUUAAGCAUCUCUUAUUUUAUUUUUAGUAACUACAUACUCAGCUGGACUUAGCUGGGUGUGUUGUCUGCCACAAAGGCACAAUGUACACAAACACACACAAUUUUACUGGCUGUUUCAUUCAAGAGGGCCCUACUAUGAUGACAAAGCUAUACUUUGUAUACCAGUAAUUCAGAUUUUUUGCUAUUUGCACAAGUAGAAAUAUUAAAGUAGGUUUACAGAAUGUAUGUCUUUGCAUUAUCUCUGUGAUUCGUCUUUAUUAUAAUUUUUUUUAUCUGGUGCACUCCUCACUAAUUAUGGGUUGGUAAUCUCUCCAAAAAGGAUGUGCGAGUAAACCGAAAUGUCAUCCACGUUUGUGUGUAAAUGUGGGUGUAAGUGUGUGUGUGAUGCUGUGUGUUUUUGUUUCUGUUAUAACGGGAGUCUGAGAAAGCAAUGCAUGAUUGCACAUAUCGGGGAGAGUUUACGCACUUUCUAAAAUCUGUGUGUGUGUGUAUGUGUGUGUGUGAGAGAGAGAGAGAGAGAGAGAGUGUGUGAGAGAGAGAGAGAGAGAGAGAGAGAGAGAGAGAGAGAGAGAGAGAGAGAGAGAGAGAGAGAGAGAGAGAAAGAUUAACACAGUGUUUAAGGCAGAAAUGGUCAUUAUAUGGUCAUGUGUAGUUCAAGUGUCUUAUAAUUCUGAAACUACCAUUAAACACA